CUUCACAUUACAUUGGUAAACGUGUGAGGAAGGAAGUGAAUGCAUCUGAUACACAUGCGGCAAACGUCAAGUCAUAGUGCAAGUGGCUCUGUGAUUCAAAGAGGUUAAGAGGGCUGCCGAUAGAAAUGGCAGCGAUAAAAGGUCUGGGAAGAAAUAUCCCCUAUCUGAGGCAACAAUUCGCUGCCCUUUUAGGAAACACCAGCACCAGCGUCAAAUUCAUAUGCGUAGUAGUCCUGUUUUCCUAUUGUCUUUCCUUCUCCACGGAAACGGUACGUCUGCUGAGCGUGACACCAGGUUAUCUACUGCCUCCAGCUUUUUGGAUCUGGACAGCAUUCACUUUCUGUUUCCUUGAGAUACAUUUCUGGGAAGUGUGCGUGGACAUUGUGACAGUAGGCCUCUGUGGCAAAUUAAUUGAACCAUUAUGGGGCGCGAUGGAAAUGAUGACUUUCUUCGCAAUCGUUAAUUUCGGCGUUGCUGUAUUGUCAGCUUUGUUUUAUUUAUUCCUCUAUAUGUGCACUAAUGAUCCUGAUCUGUUAUUUGAUAUACACAUUCACGGAUUAACUGGAUAUAUUGCAGGUGUCACAGUAGCCGUAAAACAAAUAAUGCCAGAUCAUAUCUUAGUCAAAACACCAAUUGGGAAAAUUACAAAUAGAAAUAUACCAUUAAUGGUUUGGGUCAUGGGAGUAAUAUUAUGGCUUUUUGGAUUACUAGAAGGCACUCAUCCAACUAUGUUUCUGAGUGGUAUAUUAAUAUCAUGGAUAUAUCUUAGAUUCUAUCAAAAACACAACAAUGGUACACGUGGUGAUAUGGCAGAUAAUUUUACAUUUGCAAGUUUCUUUCCAAAUGUCUUACAACCACCAAUAGCAGUUGUAAGUAACACAGUACAUGGCUUUUUUGUACGAAUUGGAAUUUGUAGAAAAGUAGUUAGAAGAUUUGACAUGUCCAAUGCUCCACCUGGUCUCAUUAUAAAUCUUCCUGGUAUCGAUCCACAUGACAGUGAGAGAAGAAGGCAAAUAGCAUUAAAAGCACUAAGUGAAAGAUUAAGUAAGGAUCAUGCAAAACCAUGGCAACAGGAAAGAGCUAAAAAACAUUCUCCAGUACCUCCUGCAGUUUCAAUUCCAAUUCCUGAUACCACUACACCCAAACCACUCGCAUCUCCUCUCAUUCCUCAAGUUAGUGUUAAUAUACAUAAUCAUACUUCUACUGCUACGUGAUUGCAUCAGAUAGACUGAUUUCAAGUACAUGUAUAAAUAUAUUAAGAAACUUCUAAAGAAAAUGUUAAUAAUAUGUAACAAUAUUGAUAAUAUGGCAAUAUUUAGCAAAAUAGUAAUUUUUAAUAAUAUAUAAGCAAAGCACAAUUAUGAAAAACACAGAAAGUAUUUCUAGAUUUUUCUAAAUUUUAAUUAUUCAAUUACAUCGAAAAAGCAUUUAUGUUUUAAUAUCUCUUGAUAAAUCCAAAGAACAGUAUGUAAUACUCAAACUGUGCCUUGGCGUUUUAAUCAGUUCGUGUAUACAACCUCGAAUUUGUUUUUAAACAUAAAACAUGGAGUUAAUUCUUUAACAUUACCAAAAUGUCAUUUUAUAUAGUUAAUUUAUCUAUAACUAUAAUGCCAUAUUACCGAUUGUAUAUCGUGUAAUCUUUAGAAGAUUCUUAACAAGAAAUAUAGGAAAACACCGAUUUUUCUAGUUUGUGAUGAUAUUUUCCAAGAAAAUCGUGUUCUUUGUUACUAAGAACUAUAAACUCUAUUUAUGUAACUAAGUAUUGUCGAUAAAAGAUAAAUAAUUAAAAUUUUUUUAACAAACAUGUUGAAGGUCCUGAAAUAUUGUAUAAGUGCAGCAUUGUUCCGUCUUUUAAUACUAUUCAGUAAUAGCUGGAAGAUAAAAAUACAUUAUUAAUAACAAUGAAUAAAAAUAGACUGGCUUCCAGUAUAAUAUAAAAUAAUUUUACUAGGAACAAAUUUAAAUUUGGGAAAAAUUAUUAUUUUACCAACAUGUUUUAGAAAAUAUUUUAUACAAUCAGGAUUACAAUUAAACUUCUGUAUAGUGUAAAAUGUUAAUGUAUAAUACAUAUACAUGUUGAGAUGAUAAUUAUAAAACACAAACAUUUUCAGUUUAUUUUAAAGUCAUAUUUUAGCAAAAAUUUUAAAACAAAUUCCUUUU